UUGAAAAUGGCACAUUACCAAAACAAAUACGGAGCAGCCCAAACUAACGCGUAUGGCAACGUUAUCCGCACAGACGAAUACGGCAAAGCUAUCCGCACAGACGACGGCAACGUUAUCCGCACAGAUGAAUGCGGCACCGUUGUCCGCACAGACAAAUACGGCAACGUUAACCGCACAGGCGGCAAAGUUAUACGCACAAACGAAUACGGCAACGUUAUCCGCACAGACGAAUUCGGCAACGUUAUCCGCGCAGACGAAUACGGCAACAUUAUCCGCACAGACGAAUACGGCAAUGUUAUCCACACAGACGAAUACGGCAACGUUAACCGCACAGACAAAUACGGCAACGUUAUCAGCACAGACGGCAAAGUUAUCCGCAUAGACGAAUACUGCAACAUUAUCCACACAGACGAAUAUGGCAACGUGAUUCGUACGGAUGAGUAUGGCUACCCAAUCCGCCACAGAGGCACUACUCUCCAUGGUGUGCAUCAGCAGCAGCGUCAUGACCAUUCUGGCAAGCUUCAUCGCUCUGGAAGCUCAAGUUCCCCUGAGUACGAUGGGCAAGGCGGCUGCAACGUUAUCAUCAUGAAUUAUCAUGAUCAUUGUCAUCAUCCUGAUCAGCAUAACCAGCACUACUAGUUGUCGC